GACGUCAUACAUUAUUGCAAUAGCUGUCAGCUGUGAUGGCGAAUGUUUUUACCAUAAGAAGCCUUCAGCCAAGAUCGACCACACUAUCUGAUUACAGGGGUCACGAUGCCACGAAAUAUCGGGUGUGUCCUAGAAUACUGUCACCUACCAGGCGAGCAAAUCCGCAUCCAAUAGGUCUGAAAUAUCAGCUUAUUGGACAAAAGAAACCGACUUAUGGCAUAUGGCAUCCUGAUUUCCAUCGUAUAGAACUGAGAAUGCCAGAUAUGAUAAAGCAUUUAGGGCAAGUCAACUUUACAUGUUCUCUUCCUGUCAUCCACCCACGGGAAUACGGAAAAUUUCCUAACAUCCAAUAUACGGAGACCACCACAUCUCGUAAGAAUUUCUGUCAACCGUGGAGAUUUCCUAAACUGAUGGAACUGAACCCACCCUCCAGCCAUACUAGAUACAGUCACACUCCUGUCGCGUUCCGUAUACCCGUCAAAGGAAUAGUCCCAAAUCUUGAAUUAGAAGAUUACAAACCUGUCCCAGAGCUGUGAAAUUGAAAGCAGGAGAAAAUCAAAUACUUAUCAUUCCUUAUAGUAUAACUUGUGUAAUUUUAGCUGCUAUUAAAAAUAAAGAAUACACAGUUAUGUA